GUUUAAUCUGUCGUCUGUCAUUUGGUGUUCAGUAAAGUCACACACCAGGAGGAAAGGAUUAGAGGUCUCUUUUGAUGACUGGAAACAGGACAAUGUGUAACGAGACGUGUGCAUUUCCUGACAAAUAUGAGGCAAUCCUGUUCCCUUUCAUCUACAGCACAGUUUUCAUCAUUGGUUUACUUGGUAAUCUGACGGCGGUAAUGGUCAUCAUACAACUGAUCAGGAGAAGGAACAUCUUGGGAAUCUAUCUGGCCAACCUCUGCAUAUCUGACUUGAUGUAUGUAUUCACUCUACCUGUAUGGAUUAUCUACACCGCCAAAGAGGAUUGGCUUUUUGGAGCUCUGACGUGCAAGAUUGUGGGAUUCUUUUUUAAUGCCAACCUCUACACCACAAUCUCCUUCCUUAGCUGUAUAGCUGCAGAUCGCUUUAUAGCCACUGCCUUCCCUUUGCGUUCUCGGUUAAUCCGAAGCAUGAAGUGUGCCAUCUGUAUUUGUGUCUCGGUUUGGCUCCUCAUCCUAAGCUCACAUUUUUACUUCCUGAGUCGAGACGACCUUUUCAUCUCCAUCCAAAAUGUGGAGCUCUGCUACGAAAAAUACCCUAUGGAGAAAUGGAUGGCUCAUCUCAACUAUUUCAGAAUCUUUGUGGUCUUUUUCAUCCCAUUGGUUCUUUUGGUCUUUUCCUACUGUUCGAUCAUUGGAGUCAUCCAGCGUACCUCUACAUUAGAUAGAGAGCAGAAAAGAAAGAUCACUGGACUUCUGAUGUUCAUGACUAUCAUUUUUGUACUCUCUUAUCUUCCCUACCAUGUGGUGCUCUUAGUCCGUUCCCUCCUAAGUGACUAUGACCUUUGUAACUGUGUCCUCGAGAGAAGUGUUCGCCCAGCCUACAGAAUUUCCUUUGCCCUCACCAGUGUCAGCAGUGCACUAGAUCCGUUUAUUAAUAUCUUUGUGAGUGAUGGAAUAAAAAGGGAUCUCCUCAUGGAGUUAAGAGCAUUUAUGUUUUUAUUGUCAUCCUGUCAGAAAAGAGAAAAAAGCAAGACAUUGUGUUUAAAAGCAGAGUGUGGUGCCUCUGGCCUGAGAAACACAGGUUUUCAAUGUACCUCCCAAACUAAAAUACAGACCAAUCUUUAAAUGUUGGGUUGGCUGUGCUCAUGGCUAUCCUGAGUGCAAUUGUAACUGUAAAUUGUUGGAGGUCUGAUGUUUUUCAAGGAAACUCUGUAGAAAGCGCUUAUUCUAGGAUGGGGCUUUAGAAGUCUCCAAGACCUAACCUUCCCUCACUAGAUGGACCUGAAAAACUUGGAGUUGUGACAUGCCUAAAAAAGGUAGACAUGCACUUUGAACCUGGAAUGACCCAUCAGGAAGGAAAGAAUGCUGAAUCUUUAUUCAGAGGGGGAUAACUACUGGAAUAAUAGUUCAGCAAAGGAUGGAUCAAAGAAUCCAACUCAUCAGCAUUAAGCUAUUUAUUGAAGAUUUCCAAUGCUCUUACUUGUGGACAAGAACUGUAAGCACAAGACAAAGCAUAGUGUGUAAUGUUGCUAUUGCCUGUGUUUGCAAUAUGAAGUUCAAACCUUUCUUUAGCUUCUUCAGAAAUAGUUGGCAAAAAAAGUACCAAAAUAAUACUUUGUCAACUUGUUGCUAUUUUAACAACAAGAAUAUUUGAUCUAUAUUUUUCAGUAUUCUAACAGUUUACAUUUUUGAGGUGAUAAAUAAUUGAUGUGCUCACUAUAAUAAUAUUGUGUAGAUUGCCAUUGUGUAUUACUUGACAGGUACAUCAGGGAACAGUGUUACUUUUUUAUAUAGAGUUAAAAACAGGCAGUGUAUGUUUUUCUGUAAAUAGGUUUAGAAGUUAGUAAGGAGCCUCACAAUGAAGUAGUUGGCAAAUGCAGAAACACAGAAAUUCUGUAUAAAACUGAUGGCGUAAAAAGCCCUACAGGUUGUUGUUGUUUUUUUUAAUAGGGACAGCAAAUAUCAAAAAUGAUUUUUGAAGU